CAAACUAAACCCCACAAAAGCCAAUAUAAAUAGACCACACCAAUUACUUCAUUUAUCAAACAACAAACAACAAACAACAAACAAAUGGAGUUCUCUCUUCUCUUUAAUGUUUUUGCCCUAGUUUGCAUCCUUAUUGCAUCCGCCCUCACGUUUUGGCUCGUGAAGCCGAAAUCCCUCGUCGGUUCGCUUCCUCCGGGUACCAUUGGAUGGCCUAUAAUUGGCGAAAGUUUCGAAUAUCUUAAGAAAGGAUGGAAUGGGAAACCUCAAGAGUUUAUACAUGAAAGGAUGGCCAAAUUCUCUCCUCAAGCAUUCAAGACUUCUCUUUUCGGGGCACAAACCGUCGUGUUAUGUGGUGCAGCCGGAAAUAAAUUCAUGUUCUCUAAUGAGAAUAAACUCGUCACAGCUUGGUGGCCCGCGUCUAUUGAUAAGAUAUUUCCAUCGUCAAAUCAAUCUUCGUCAAACGAGGAGAUGAAAAAGAUGAGGAAGCUCCUUCCACACGUCCUUAGAGGGGAGGCUCUUCGCGACUACGUAGGAACAAUGGACUCCAUUGCUCGUCGCCACCUUGACUCUGAUUGGUCUAACCACGAUGAGGUCACCGUCUUCCCCCUCGCUAAAAUGUACACAUUUUGGCUCGCAUGUCGCCUUUUUAUCAGCAUUGAGGAUCCCAUACACGUUGCGAAGUUCUCCAAGCCCUUCGAGCUCAUCGCCUCGGGAAUCUACUCAGUCCCCAUAAAUAUCCCAGGCACGUCAUUCAACAAGGCAAUUAAGGCAUCCGAGCAAAUUAGAAGGGAUCUUAGAAUCAUUAUCAAGCAACGAAAGAUCGACUUAGCCGAGAACAAGGUCUCACCUACACAAGACGUAUUGUCCCGCAUGUUGCUUACACCCGAUGAGGACGGUAAAUUCAUGCACGAGAUGGAUGUCGCGGAUAAAAUAUUAGGAUUGUUGAUAGGAGGACACGACACCGCUAGCAUUACAAUCACGUUCAUCGUCAAGUAUCUCGCAGAGUUGCCCGAGGUCUACGACGAGGUUGUUAAGGAACAAAUGGAGAUAAUGAAAUCUAAGGAACCGGGAGAAUUGUUGAAUUGGGACGACAUGCAAAAGAUGAAAUACUCGUGGAACGUAGCAUGCGAGGUGUUGAGACUUAACCCUCCUCUUCAAGGAGCUUUUCGACAAGCUAUCGCGGAUUUCACUUACUCCGGAUUCAGCAUUCCAAAGGGAUGGAAGCUCUAUUGGAGUGCACACUCGACUCAUAGAAACCCUAAAUACUUUUCCGAUCCCGAUAAGUUCAACCCAUUGAGAUUCGAAGGGAACAAACUUACACCAUAUACUUAUGUCCCAUUUGGAGGAGGGCCUCGAAUGUGUCCGGGAAUAGAGUAUGCUAGGUUGGAGAUUCUUGCAUUCAUGCAUAACUUGGUCACGAGAUUUAAGUGGGAAAAAGUGAUCCCAAACGAUAUUGUCAUCGUCAAUCCUAUGCCCGUCCCCGAAGGUGACCUACCGAUUCGCCUUUAUCGUCGAGAAACCUAAAUUAAGUAUAUGAUAUAGUCGCGAUAUUUAAAUAUGCAUAGAAAGCUAAUCAAACCAAAAAAUUCACAUAUAUUUAUUUAAUUUUGAAUCACGGAAGUAAAAAAUCUCUCGUGUAAAAAUGUCGAGGACUAACCUACUCGAAUUUCAAAAACCGAAAGCACAUGUUGAUUGUGAGAAGAGAUACAUGUAUGCUUGGUACUUAACUAUAAUCUUUUAUUUUUCAAAUUGGAUUA